AUGCCGACAUUUCAAUUAUGGAAUGGACUCACCACAAGUAGUGGCGUUUUCCUCUACACUCAACCACGCAGCGGGGAGCAACGCAUCGCCGCGUGUAUUCUCAGCAAUCCUGCAAUCGCUGGACUUGCUAGCUACCUUGCAGGUGGCGAGAACGACGCUAAACAGCCUAGUCGGGAGGAUGUGACGGAUCAUAUGGUUCAGAAGCAUACACAAGAUCCGUCGUCGAAGCAAGUUAGAGGCACUUUCCAGAUGCCGCAGUUGCACACAGUCAUUGUGACUGGCUCAACGGCAUCUCUUGGCAACCACAUAUUGCAGGAAUUACUCGGCGAUUCUUCUGUCGCCCACAUCUACUGCUUGAAUCGAUCGGCAGAUGCAGUGUCACGGCAAGAAAAGAGCUUUGAAGCUCGCGGCACCAAGGCAGACUUCUCGAAAGCCAUGUUCUUGGCCGCAAACUUUUUGGACAAGAGCGAUUUGGUCUGGACUUAG